AUGUUGAAAGAGUUAGAUGCAGUAGCUUUUGCUGUGUUUGAAUCCUUGUUGUCCUUCAUAGCUGGUUCGAAAUCAAAGUCAAGCAGUUGGUCAUUAGUUUCCAAGCUAGUGCAGCCCAGAAGAGUAUCCUGUGAGGGUGAGGAAACUGCAGAUACGAAUGAACUUGAGAAAGUGGAUGCUGCAUUGAAUGACCUUAUUACUCAUAAGUCUAAGAAAUCUGAUUACGCAAUGCAAGUUGAGAACGUGCAAAUUUGGCUCCAGGAUUUGGAGGCAAACAUUCAAGAUAUAGAAGAAGGACUUGAGUGCCUGUUCAGGCGCUUGAUCAAAGCCAGAGUCUCUCUUCUCAACAUUUUCAACCAUUAG